AUGGCUCCCCUCGUGCUCACCGCGCGCACGCGCACGCUCAUGAUUGUGCCGAUCCUUCUCGCCAUCGCCACGGGCAUCGCGCUCUUUGUGCACUCCGACGUCAACACGCCGAUGCUGUGGUCGCAGUGCCACGCGCACGCGCGGCUGCCCGGGCUGAGCCGCGUGCCGCUGCUCGGCACGCCGCUCUGCUACGUCGUCAGCUUCUUCCACGCGGCGCUCGACUCGGCGCGCACGCGGGCCGUGCUCGCCGUCGUGCUCGCCUUUGUCGGCGCCCUGCUCACCGUGUGCACCGCCGAGUCGGCCCGCGGCUGCAACCGGCCCGCCCGCCUCGUCGCCAACCCGACCCCCGCCUGGCUGCUCUUCAACCUGCUCGGCGGCGCCCUCGUCUGGCAGCUGCUCAUCGUGCCCGCCCAGAUCCAGCGCCUGCGCAACAUUUUUGUCGCCCAAAAGAUUGGCGCCGCCGGCGAUGAGGAGGAGGGCGGCGAGAUUGGCGGCCAGCGCCUCGAGGCCCUCGGCGUCGACCUGGACCGCAACCUUGCCGCGUCCGAGGUCGUUGCCAUUCCCGUGUCGAUUGUCCUCGGCUUCUACCUGCCGUCAGUCCUCAUGCUCGUCUUCAACAGCCCGGCCACCAUUGGCGUCUGGCUCUUCUUCCCGCUCUACGUGUCGCUCGCGCGCCAGGCCGUGCGCUGGGCGCUGCAGCGCGUCUGGUCGCACACCGCCGAGCGCAAUGUGCAUCUCGAGACGCACCGCCGCAGCCUCGUCGCCGUGUACGGCGUGCCGGCCCUGUCGUCCGUUCUCGCCCACGCCGGCAUCCUCUGGAGCCUGACCCGCCCCGACGACCGCAGGGAGAUGACGCGCUCGUGCGUCAAGUUCAUCGAGAUUGACUUUGCCUUUAUCGGCGCCACCGUGCUCUACUGGGUCCUCGUUGAGACCAACUGGAAGGUCCCCGCGUACAUGGUCGGCAUCUCGGCCCUGCUAGGGCCCGGCGCCGGCACGCUUGCCGGCUGGCUGCUCCGCGAAAAGGUCAUCCAGGAGGAGCUCGGCGCCGUCAUUGACCUCGUGGCCGGCGAGGAGGCGGCCGACGAACCCUCAGAGCAGACGCCGCUGCUCUAG